AGUACCACAAUCAAUAAAAGUUAUGGAACAAACCUUAUGGUGCAGAAACUUUACAUUUGGAUGUCGAAUUGUGACCCGUAGACUCUGAUAGGAAAACACAAGCAGGUGAUGGAUACAGAGCAAUAAAGAAUAAUUAGGAAAUUACUCGGACAUGUCGUAGAACCAGAGGGCUUUUAGUUAGUUAGUCGGCAAAAAUACGACGAGGUAGGUACGCAGUCGCGACUGUUGUUUGAGUGUUGUUGUUUGACUCUGCAAAUGCAAGGGCCUAUAGGAGUGCGUUUUGGCGACCCCAACCAAAACUGUUUUCAACGCGUUUGAAAAACCCCAAAACCAUCCACGUAUGAUCAUGGAGAUGGGAGAGGAUUAUCCACCUAGCCACCUUUGGCACGCCGAUCUUGCGUCCGACACAGCAGAAAAGAUGCUUCGGGAGUACAUUCUCAACGCCGAGAGUGAGUCUCCGCGGUUCACCAGACUAGAGAGGGACCUAACAGAGUGUUGGGCUUGUAUGGAAGUUUAUCACAAAGAGAGGGAAAAGAUUGUCAGCAAAAUGCCGCAGAUCGGAUAUUAUGAUAGGAUUCUGUUCAAGUUGGAAGAGAAGCGACUGAAACAAUUGUUGGGUCAAGAAAUUGACGAAGAGGAAGUUUUAGUUCCAAUUCACGAAGUCACUGAGCACCCAUUCCUUCUCUUCAACCAAGAAAUAGCGUCUGCAUUCUGCAGUAAGCUCAUGGAGUUAAAUAACAGCUUUGGCUUGGAGGCAUUCUUACCUCAACAUGUACCAUCUCUUUAUCUACUAGUCAUACAUCCUAUUAAAGAGGUCAGAGAGUUAGCCUGGCAAUGUCUACAGCAGCCCGAUCAUCAUAUAACCCCUGACCUUUAUGAUGACAUCAGUCCAGUCUUGAGUUGGGUGUUGAAUCUCCACAUUGCUGGCUGUCUGGAUCAACCAAUGAUGGAAGUAUUUAGUUACAAUCAGUCGCCGAGCAAGGUGGACGUUCUUCCACGUCACCUGGUAUGCACAUCACAGUCGCAUAUUUUCUACUGGCAAGGGGUUACUCGUCUGUUUGAGAUCUUCAGUGAAGAGGCACUCAAACAUCGCUUCAUGAAUUCCGAGAGCCACAAGCAGUUUAUCCCAGUCUUGAUUGACACUCUUUCUGUCCAUGGCCUUGGUUUUGAUUCAGAUGAAGAUUCCAGCACAGACUCUCCAUUCUGGUGGCAGUUACAGUGCCUUACGCAUCUGAUGGACAAACUGGGUAGCACUGUGUGGCAGGACAUCUCCAAGGCCAAGAUUGAAGGUUUCUUCAAUAAUAUUAAGAUGCACCCAGUGUUCUUGUUGGCUCCUCUCAAUAGCGGCUGCAACUCCGCUCGGUUGAGGAGAGAUCCUACUACAGUUACUCAGUCCUCGUUACAAGUUGACCCAUCGGAGCCCAUCCAGUGGAUCAUACCAUACAUCAAGUCACUAGUGGAUUUCGGUGGUUCGGUAUCCCACAUCUUCUGUGCAGUCGUCACAUUCCUGUGUAUGUUCUCAGAACAACAAAGCGACAGUGACGCUGAAGCCAGAUGUCACAAUCCGCCAGGUGCUUUGAAUGAAAAACACAUGCUAGCUCUUGUCAGGGUCCUUGAGUGUCUUCAGAAGAAUUCCCUACUUCGUACGCUGGUCUGCAAGAACAAGACUCCACAAUGGCUUAAGGCCUUGCUGACCUUCUUGAAGCAACAUCCACCGGUAUGUUCUAGCUCUGACUUAUCUACACUCGUAGCGCUAUCGAACGAGUCUCGACAGCUUCUUAUGGAUGUAUUCCGUAGCUCAAAGAAGCAUAAUAGAGGCCAGUCAUUCAGGUACAUUAAGAUGCUAAGCCUGCCCUCGAGACUGUCUGCUGCUAAGCCGGGAUCAUCAGCUGCUCAGAAUGGGGACCCGAAGAAGCUAUGGGAGGUCAACCUCAAUGGGGAAGAGUUCAACGAUUGUGUUAAGUUUGUUGAAGAGACACUUUGGGGGAAGCCUCUGACCAGCAAGAGAACACCUCAAAGUUUAGACGAAACAAGUCGAAGACUGCUUGACUUGUCCAAACAACCCAUGAGUACUCCGGUCAGAGACAUUAAUCCCCAGAGACCAAAACAACUAUCAGUAAAUACAAAACAUUUCAGCAGUUCUUCCCCGUCAUCAUCGGAAAGUCCAGAGUCUGCGCAAAGUCCAGUAGCGCCCUCUAGAACUCCUUGUCGAAACCUCGCAGGUGAAUUUGCAAAGGAUCUGAAACCCACCAAGGAUGAACUGAUCGGGUCUCAGAGUAGUCUAGAAUUGGAACCGUUUCCAGAGGAGAAUGAAAUCUUCCAAAUAUCGUCCGAUCAGGAAUCCUCUGAUCAGGAAUCCGAUCGUAAAGAAAGGGAAUUCAAAGUGAAGUAUGAGAUUAUACCGAGUACUUCCACAUCGAAGGCUGAUAAAGGAUGUUCGGCAACGUACAACUCGCUGCUUAGCUCUGGCGAUGAUGUGGCUUUGAUUUCCGAUGUUAGAGCAACAGGCGAUUCCAGCAGCUCCCUUGAAGAUGUUUUCGCAGCUCAAAGCUUCCAAGUUAAGAUCCAGAAAGAAGAACAACAAAUAAAAAAAGAAGGAGGUUCUCCAUGUGUAAUACUGGAAAGAGUUCCUCAACUUGAAGAAUUACACCGGUCGAUAAGGCAGGUGAGAGUCACUUCAAUCAAUCCCCUGGUCAUCGAGAAGAUAGAACCAAACUCGACAAGACCCGAUUGGUCAUCAUCAAGCAACAUGGAAACGGCUGAAGAUUUGUCUUCUGAUUUAUGCGAGAGUUUUGAACGCAACGUUUUCUUGAACGGACACAGACAGCAAAUCAAGUGUAAAGAAGAACAGGAUGCAGAGAUAUCCAUACCGUCAUGUUCGCACCAGUCCACACGUUACCCGUCGACCCCUCGCCAGCCGUUUUUGUCUUCCUCAACUUCAAGUUUGUCAGGAAGUCCAUCGCCAAUGUCUCGGGACAGCUCACGCAAAUAUCCUAAAAAUAGACUCAGUUGCAAGAAAAGAAACGAGAGGCGACACGUCGUCGCAAAUUCCCCUCAAGAUGAGGAUAUGACUCAAAUUUCCAAGCCAGAUAUGCAUGAGAUGAAGCAACUUUUGAAGAAGGAGGAGGAUGCGAUAAAAGAGACAUGCGACCAUCAGGAUCAAGAGUUUCAGACGAGAGAUUGGGAUGAGAGUCGAGUUGUCAAUCCAGAUAUCCAAGAAGUAAAGCAAUCUCAUAAAGUGGAGGAGGAUAUGAAAAAAGAAACAAUCGACGAUCAGGAUCAAGAACUUGUGGCGAGAGAUGACAGUGAUGAAGAAAUGGAACUCUCAGAGAGUAGCCUGAGCCUUCAUAAAGACCACACCGAGGGUAGAAGGAUUCCCAUGAUCCGCUCAGAUGAAAUCACAAAGAUUGCUGAGGUUGCUCCGGAAGACUCUGCUAGCGAUGAGGAGACGCAAUUGCCAGAGGAAGUAUCAAAUCUAAUCGCUGACGAUAACGAAGACAAGGUUUCGACCAACUUAGAUAGUGAUGAUUCUGAGUGCAGUGAGAGCUUGCUGACGCAGAGUUACCCACCGAAAGAUGUCCCCCCUCCUUACUCAACGGAAUCCUUCAAUGAAGAUAAACCAACAACAUCCCAAGUCGUUUGCAACAACCAUGUUUCUCAAGACAAUCAACUUAGAGACAAAUCAACAAUGUCUCAAGCUAGCAGCAGCAACCAUAAAUCUCCAGGUGAUCAAAUUGAGGAGCUCACAUUGAUUUCAGAUUCAGCUGACGAAGACAUCAAACCAAUCCCCGGAUUUAUCAACUUAAAGAGAAAGUCCUCCUUCUCCAGCUCAUAUGAGGAUAGCUCAGUGUUGAGCUUCACAGAAGAGCAUCCGGAAGACGAUGUGGUUAUUGACUUGGAGAGCUACAAUUGCAGCCAACUCUUUGACGAAGACAGAUUCAGUCAGCUCACACCUUGCAUUGAAAUAUCGAGUGACUCGGACAUCGACCUGGACGCCCCAGAACCUGAGCUGAACAUAGAUCUGGAGGCGGUGAAGAAAGAAAAAGAAGACAGUGAGGAACCUGACCCGAGGAGUAACGGGGGGAUACUACUGGAGAGUCAGUCGGAAGGAUCCCUGGACUUUGCUCUUCUUCAGAACGACAACGAUCAUGACUUAAUGUGGUACCAGGAUGAAGAUGGGGAUGGGGAUGAAGACGCUAGCAACGAUGGGGAUGAUGAGAAGAGUGCGGAAGAAGAUGUCGUUGAUGAAGCUAGAGAAGGGGAUGAAGAGGAUAUCGAUGAUGAAGCUGAAGAUGGUGAUGAAGAUAGUGGUGAUGAUGUCUUGCUGGUGGAAGAAGUGCAUACCAUAAGUUCUGAGAGUCAAGAAGAAUUUCCUUCGACGGAGCAAAAUGACAAACUGACCGCCAAAGCAUUUUAUGGAAAAAAGAGACACUUCCCAGAUGCCUUCUUUAUAGAUCGUGAAGGCGACCAUGAUGAUUUCAUCGGCGAUCAGCAGCCAGUUCCAACGUCAGGAAGAUCUGGACAAGGAAAGGAGACGGCAGGUUUGACUUGGAAGAGCCUUGAGGCAGAGGCAACGGGCAAGAUUAAGAAAAUGAUCAAACGGAAUAAAAAGAAAAUAACCAAAGACAAGCGAAGGCAUGCUCAACAUGCUUUGAAGCAUGCAACCCCUCACAAGGGGACGUUAGGAAUUAGUCGAACUGGUGUAGAUGAACCAUCAACCUCUAGACAAACAGUAGCUGCACCCAGAGCCCAAGGGUGUUGGAAGUCAUCCAGGCAACUGCCUCCAGAAUCCACACCUACUGAUGCUGAACCGAUGAAGACAAUUGACAGUACUAAACAGCCUAUUGUUACUGACACGUUCGUCCUGGACAAUAGUCAGACCUACAAGAGACGCAAACUCAGCAACCAGCAGGACGAUAAGCCAAGAGCUGCCAUGCAGACUGUCCCCAGUAGGUUCAAGUCCAGGAUGAGCAUCUUAACUCAAGAAAUUAAGAAAGAUAACACUGGACAGAGAGAGGGAACAGCAAAGACGAGACAUUUUUCAGGUGAUCAGGAAGUUGGAGUGUCAAAAGUAAGACCUGAUUUAGGAGCCGGUCCAUCCAGAACAAGACAUGCUUCAGAUCCCUCAAGAGUUGGACAAACUAAUACCAGUUUGGAUUUGCUACCAUCCAACAGUAGCAUAAUUGAUCAGUUACCUACUUAUGCGCAGUCAGUCUAUAACAAUAAGUCAUCCAUCCCACCUGAUGUGGAAUCCGCUGCGGGGAAGUAUGUGUCAAACUUACCAGGAGCGACUGAACCAUCAUGUAUCGAUGCAAGACAGCCUUCUCCUUCUGGCGAGAGUCUGUCGCCAAUCUCUGGUCCAGCCUUCCGGUUCUUCACCUCCGAUCCACAAACCAUGCGCACGGCUGCUACUUUGUCAUCUAACAUAGCCAGUGUAAACCACAAGGACAUUAUAACGACGACUCAAGCACUUCACCACAUGCAGAGCUCAACCUGUGAGAAAACAGUCACUGACAAUCAACCUCAAACCUCAAGACAACCUGAUCAAACAAGCAAACCUGGUGGACCCCUACCUCCUCCAGCUAUAGAAGCGCAUGCAAAACAGGGGAAAGAAAACCGUCAACAUCCAAACACAGGUCAACCGCUUCAACAAAGCAAACCGUACCAUGGAGGAAUGUUGGCAAGUCAAGCCUGCCCUCUCCAGGCGAGUGAAGUGAGCGCUAAAGCUGGGUUGGUGUUGCGCAGGAAAGUGACAGAAGACGAGUUCUACUGUUGGGUGAUUGGGUGGGACAGACACUGGCUUGAUUCUGGUCAUUAUCGACAACGACCUGAUCCUCAGAUUCUUGCAGAGUGUCCCUACAAGAUUAUGAAGGCUGUUGAGUUUUCUUUUGACUCAGUCGAGGAAUACUGUAAAGUAUUUAUUCCUUUACUCCUACAUGAAGUAUGGGCUCGGAUACAGAACAAGGUAAAUUCUUCCUCAGUGGUUCGUGCCUUAUUUGUAGGAGUCAAACAUAAAGAGUCAAGACAAACUGGUACCCUGUUGAGUUGUACAUUCCGAGUGACAAUACCAGUAGGGUCGUGCCCUGUGACUUGCACUGAUCUUUUAUGGAUAUCGCCAAGUGAUUCUAUGGCUUUCCGUUGGCGGCCGUUGCUAGCCGUUGUCACCAACAUCGUGCAACUCUUUCCCAACUCACCGUCAAAGCUAUCCGCUAAUUCCAGUCGCCAAGCGGAGUUAAAGUCUUGGAAUAUCACUGUCUUGGUCUUGGCCAGGAAUGAGGAUACGUACAGUGCUCUUCUAUCAACGGUUAAGCACAACGUUGACCUAGAGGUGAUCCAAUCCCUCUUACCAUACCUCCGUCAAUUCAAAGCUCUGACCUCGCUGCCCAAUCUUGGUAUGAUAGCGAAGGAUAUCCUGCGAUUCAGACGGAUGGAUGUCUUCUGCCCUGGGCCUGCUCUUCCAAUCCCAGAUCUGGAGUCGCAAAAGCGAUUGAAUAAAAGCCAGUUGAAAGCGGUGUCCGCUGCAUUCCAAGCCAUAAACCAACCUGAUACACUACCAAGAAUCUGCCUGAUCCAAGGGCCGCCAGGGACAGGCAAGACAUGUGCAGUCAUAGAGCUUGUCAUGAAACUACUCAGAAGCCGUCAUUCUCAAUCAGGCAAUCGCCAGCCAGGAAACAGACCACCAAAAGCUCCUCCUAUUCUACUCUGUGCUCCCUCUAAUACUGCCAUUGAUAUAUUGGUCAGGCACCUUGGUUGUUUAAUCAAUAAAGACACGCCCCCUACUGUUGUGAGAGUGGGUAGGUCACAUGAUAUCCAUCACUCAAUCAGAAACUUUGGAUUAGAGAGCCUCGUACGAUCGCAAAGAGCUAAAGAAACAUCAGACCUUUAUUUCAAACAGACCAAAAAGAGGAAGGUGGCAGAAUUAUCACAGAAUCAAAUCCUUGAGUUGGGGAAAAAUAGUGGUCUGCAUAAGAUGAGAGGAGAAGACAGAGAGUUCUUCAGAGUUAAGACCGAGCAAACGAAUCUGAUCAAACAACUCAAAAUCGUCAACUCUGAAAUCAAAGAUCUACAACGUCGACAAGCCGAACUUGACAAGAAACCACACAGACACUACGAAGAGUACUUCAUGAACCAGGCUGACAUUGUGUGCUGCACGGUGAACGGCUGCGGUAGUAAUGUACUACAGAGAAGUUGUAACACUGACAGCAAAUCAAAGAUGAUGAAGUUUUCUUGUGUUAUCAUGGACGAGGCCAAUCAGUGUUCAGAGCUUGACUCCAUUAUCUCUCUGCAGAAUUGCUCAAUGAAGGUUGUGUUGGUUGGGGAUACUCAGUCACAACCACCAUCUAUUACUUCAAGGAUAGCAAGGCAUUAUGGACUUCAUCAGUCGUUAUUUGAGCGUCUUUGUAAUCUUUCCGGGCGGGUGAAAGGAACUCCCUCUCCGGUCCAUUAUCUUCAGAUCCAGCUAAGAAUGCAUCCAGAGAUUUCACAAUUCCCCUCCAAGCACUUCUACCGAGGCCGCAUGGUUAACGAUAGGAAAAUAGCUCAAAUGAAGGAAGCAUUUUUUCUCAAUCCGUACCUUUUCUUCAAUGUGAUUCAAGGUCAAGAAGUUCAGACGCCUUCCAGGAACUUCACCAAUUUAAAAGAGGCUGACAUGGUUCUAGCUGUAUACUACAUGAUAUGUGCAGAGAAGGCGAGGAACCAGACCAUGUUGAAAGAAUUAAUGAGCGUUGGAGUAACCACUCCAUACAAGGAGCAGGCUCAACUUCUUCAUUCCCGCAUCAUGAAGACUCAAGAAAAUAUCAAGAGAUCGUUUGUGCCGGAAUUUGUACUUCCAGUCAUUGAAAUAUCUGCACUGGAUUUAUUUCAAGGGAGAGAGAAGGACGUUAUCAUUUUGAGUUGUGUACGAGCAAAUAGAUCACCAGAUCAAUCAAGCCUUGGCAUGGUUGGUGACAAGAGGGUGUUGAAUGUGGCUAUAACAAGAGCCCGGUACUCUCUUUUCAUCAUCGGUCAUCUGCCAACGUUACAGACGAACAGUGACUGGAAUGCACUGGCUGAGGAUGCUCAUCAGAGACAACUUCUAAUUGAUGUUCCCCUGAACCAGUUCAAAGACGCAGCCCAGCGCUGCAGCAAGAACGUACAAGAGUUGGGAUCAAACACAGGGAACACCACACAGACGGCACCCAGUGUAACCCUCCAAGCACAGACCAGCCAGAAAGCAGACCCAUCGGCUGUCUCAGCGGGGUCGAAGAGUGGUCCACAUAAGGCGGUAGACCCAAGAAUUGUUGGGAGUAAACAGGGCUGUAGUCCACAGAUGCUGGUUGAUCCUAGACUGACGGCUGGGGUCUCUCCAUCAACCUCUGGUGACAGAGGGCAUACCAGAGGAACCAAAUCUAACAUUGCUUCCCCGGCUUCUAAGCCAAGUCCAUUCAAGAAGAAGCGUGUCCGCUUCAAGGAGAGCAGUAGUCAAGGUAUGAGUGAGAAGGAGAUGCAGUUGAGCUUAAUACCAAAGCCAAUGCAGCCGAGCAGUGCUGCCGUCAAAUCCCCGCCAAAGCGCAGCCUGUACACUCAGAAGGUAUUUCAGAAGUUGAAAUCGCAGAAGACUGCUACGUACAACAGCUUGGGAUGUAAGAGAUCUUGGAAGAAGGAAAAGGGAAACCAACAAAGUAAACCUGUGGUCCGGGUGUCUCAUGAGGCGAAACGGACCAGAGUACAGCCGGCGGUAGCACAAGCUCAGCCCUCGCCCAACAAGUCCUCUCCAAGUCCUGGCAAGACUCAAAACCCGACUUCUGUUGAUCCUCAUCCAAAAAUAGUGGAACAAAGUGCGAGUUUGAGCAGUGAGGUCCAUCAGCCUAGUACGAGUGGAUCAGGUCAGCAUGGUGCUGCACCGAAUUUACAACAAACCGUUGAGAAGAUUACACGAAAUCAUGCAAAUACAAAGACAACCAGACCUCUGCACGGUUUACAACAGGACCCGAGACAGGUCCGAAGACGACGCAUUCACGAUGCUAAAAUAAAUGAAUCUGGUACUAAUGAGCCAGUGCGCAUUCGUUAUUCCGUUAGGGAACAUAACGCACCAUUUGACUGAGCAGGGCUCAAAAUUAACACCGGAACGCAGGCCCGAGGCCAGCGACUUUAGCAUUGGGCCCAUAAACUUUCCGAUCGUCUUGUGUUUCUGAAUAACAGCCCCUUACUGUGGUUUUAAUUUAAACUGAAAUUUUCAAUCAAUGGUUCCGGCUUUCCACUAAGCUCCGCCCACCGCACACGUGAGCAAGACACGUGUACGAACACUCCCAAUGACAU